AUGAAGGAGGACAUUAUCAAGUCUCUUGGUUUGUACUAUUACACAUUCGCUGAUCUCUUGGAUCUGAAGGACAACAUACUACAGCUUCUGACCACUAUGGAUGCUUGCCAAUGUCAACUCGACAUUUCACUGAAUUAUGAACUUACUGCGGGUUACCUCAACUUGGUUGUGAAUCUUAUUUGUCUGAUGAUUAUGCUUUCCCGCGUCGAUGAUCGUAAAAUAGUUUUGGGCCUAUUCAACGCUGCAUAUGAUUUAACACACGUACAAAGUGAAGCUUCGUUUCCUCGUUUGGGACAAAUGAUUCUGGAUUAUGAGCAUCCUUUCAAGAAGCUCAGCGAAGACCUGGGUCCAUUGAAUCGGCUGAUUUCGUCAGCGCUUUCUUCUCUUUCACCGGUCUAUCUUCGUCGAAAUAUCACUGCUAACACAUGGAGGAAUGCUCAAAUUCUCUCUCUUACGGCCAAUCCCCACCAGAUUUUAUAUGCAGCUCAAACGGAUACGGUUUUAUGGCUUCUCCGACAUCUCAGUGAAUGGCCUUCGUCGAACAAGAAAGGAAUCAAACAGUGUGAUGAGCUAGUGGAUCGUCAAUUACCCGAACUUCUUUACUACAUGCUUGAGUUAAGGCAACUAGUGCUGAAGCAUAGCGAUGUUAUACAGCGCUACUACUUGAAGUAUGUGAAUGGUUACGAUGCUAUCAUGACUCGUGAAUUGGUAGCAGGUAUUAGUGACCUGAACGAAGAAGAUUCACUCAUUUUAUCUGACUUCGCUUCCUCAAUAUCUUCAAUUAAUUCCGACACGGACCUACGGGCUUUGCGACUGGAUUGGUUCCGUUUCCAGGCGCAAAAUGAGUAUGCGAGCGUCAGCCGUGUGCGCUGCAAAAUCGAAAAUUUGGCAAUUGUGAUGAACACAAAUGUUUUCCAUUUGAAAAUGAUCGAUUUGCAAGACGAGAUGCUCAAGGAAACCAGCGACCUCAGUGUUUACUGGUGA